CAGGACUUGUUAAAUACUGUAAGAUAAUCUACCUGGUGCAUCUUUAAAUGUUGAAACCAUGUGUCAUUAGUUUGUGUAUUGAAGUGGGAUGUUUGCAGAAUGGGGUCAGGGUUGGUGCACGGUCAGAUCUGCGUUAUUUCUCCUUGCAGCCUUCAUCAGUCAUCCUCACUGCUGUGAUAUCACCAGUGCCGCCCCUUAAGUGGGAAUAGUCAGUCGUCUGCACAGACCUGAUAAGACGUGGACUUUGAUUUGGGUUGGCUCCGUUUAUGCAACAUAUUGUAGCUAGAUAUGUACACUGUGUAAAGAUGAUAAGAUCUCUUUAUUCUGUUGAACUCCUUGAACCUCCAGAUCGCAGUCUUCUUAUCCUCCAAGUUUCAACUACAACAGAUUUACUGAAAGAGGCGGGGCUCUGUAGAAGAGCAAGAGAAGGCCAGCUGCAUCUCAGACUCCAACUGACACAGCUUCAUCAAAGAUAACCAACAAACUCCUCCGACCUCCAGCUGCAGUGAAGACGCAACAAUGGCAUCGAACGACUUAUCCAAAUUUGACCACAUCAACCCCAAAGUGUUGAUUCGUCCAGGAUCUCCUGCCAUCUACAAGCUGAUCCCAAGUAUCAAUACUAUUGGAAAUAUAAUAAGAUUUACCUUUGGUAAACAAGAUGUGAGCAAGUUAAACAAAACCAUCCUGCUCGUGGGCGAAACAGGAACAGGAAAAUCCACUCUGAUCAACGCCCUGGUCAACUACGCCAUGGGGGUGAAGUGGGAGGACAACGUCUGGUUUCAGAUCGUGGAGGAUAACAAGAAAGGUCAAGCAGAAAACCAGUGUGAAAGUCAGACAUCAGACGUGAACGUGUACGAGAUCUUUGGCUUUGAAGGUAAAACUCUGCCCUACUCUCUGACCAUCAUCGACACUCCUGGAUACGGAGACACCGGAGGGAUUGACCAUGAUGACAUCGUCAGUCAGAGACUGUUAGAGCUGUUUCGCACAGAGGGUGGAGUUCAUGAGAUCAACGCGGUGGGUCUGGUGCUGAAAUCUACCGUGAAUCGACUUGAUGACCGACAAUGCUACAUUUUCAAUGCGGUGCUGUCUCUGUUUGGAAAAAACAUGGAGGACAGCAUUGUUGCCCUCUUAACACAUUCAAAUGGGAGACAACCUAAAAAUGCUCUCACAGCCCUUGAAGCUGCAAAAAUCCAGUGUGCUAAAGAUGCUAAGGGUCAGCCUGUUUACUUCCUGUUUGAGAACUGCCAGACAGAAAACAGAGACGAAGAUCCAGAUGGCCUUGAACAUGCUAAUGACAUAACAAUGAAAGGAAUGAGGCAGUUUGCAGAGUUCCUGAAAAAGUCAGAGCCCAAAAGGCUGAAGGUAACCAAGGAUGUUUUGAAAGAGAGAGAGAACCUGAAAUCGUGCAUCAAAAACCUGCGAGAUCGAGUUGAGUUCAUCGAGAGCCAACAGACCGAGAUCAAGGAGAAAAAGGAGGCUCUGAUGAAACACAAAAAAGAGAUAGAGAGCAACAAGGACUUCAAGAUACAAUCGACUGAGGUCUACAAAGACAAAGAGAGCUAUGAAGGUGGUAGGAGGUGGUAUACAUUGUGGUUAGCUAAGUCGGGAACUUUGUGCUGUACGAAAUGUGAGCAGAACUGUCAUGACCCAUGCAGUCUCGCCUGGGGUAAAAUAUUGUGUGGAAGUAUCAACUUCAGUGACUGCUGCGAUGUAUGUACGGGAAAGUGUCAUGUGUCACAUCACGUGAAAGAGUCGUGGAGGUAUGUGACCAAGACAAGAACGGUUACAGAGACCUGCGAAGAAAUGAAAAAAAAGUAUGAAGCGGGAAAAGCAGGCCAGGCCAACGCAGAAAGCCUUUUGGACACUCUGCAGAACGUCAUGAAGGAGCUUCAGAAAGAUAAAGAUAAAUGGUUGGAGGAGGCCUUCCAGCAUGUUGUCAAUCUGGAGAAGAUUGCCCUGAAUGCCGAUUCGCUGUCUGUUCAUGAGCACCUGGACUUCCUGAUUCAGAGGAUGGAGGAGAAAGGAGACACAGGGAAGGUCCAGAAGCUGAAAGAGAUGAAGAGUAGAGUGCACAAAGGAAUCGAAGCAGGAAUGCGUUACAAAGGAGUGGGUGGGACGAGCAAGUAGAUGCACUGAAGUUGGUGAACAACAUCAUCAAUUAAUCUGUGAGCUCUCUGGGACUGCCCUCUCCUGGCUCAGGUCUGAACUCUCAAACAGACAACAGCUCACCAACAUCAGUAACUGCACCUCCUAUUCAUCUACCCAAAGGCAUGCCCCAGGGUUCAGUGCUUGGUCCUCUCUUAUUCAUCCCCUACUGUCUUCCAUUCCACUGCUACGCUGAUGACAUCCAGAUCUUAAUUUCAACCACAGCAACCUGCCCCACCUGAACCAUCUGCCUCCCAACGAUAAAACCCUACAUACAGGCCAACGUCCUCCAACUCAACUGUUACAGAUCAGACAUGAAGACCACUUGCCCAAAAUCACUCCUCAAUACCAUCCAAACACCCACCUCACCAUCAACACCUCCACUGUUUCCAUCAGCACAAAUCCACAACCAUGGGGUCCAUUUUACCAUUCAGGCCCUGUUCCAUGCAUUCAUCACAUCCAGAAUCCACCACUGAAAUAGUAUUCUCAGUGGGUCAUCAUCCAAAGUCCCCAAAAACCCGGUCCAUCCAGAACUCUGCUGAUCCCUGCUCCCGUUUUCGUGAUCCCCCUUGUCCUCAAGGACCUUCACUUGCUCCCAGUUCCACAACUUCCUUUUCCUUGAGGUCCUCCAUAACCAGACCCAUUCUCACCUUACUGACCUGCCCACACUCGUGUCCACUGCCAACCAGCUCUCUGCAAUACUCUGGACCAAGCACCAAACCUGGGCCCUUGCCUGCCCAGAACUCUGUCUCCCAAGCCACCUGAUACUACCCAGAUCUGCCUUCAUUUCAGUACUCAAAGUGGGUCAUCAUCCAAAGGCCCCUAAAUGCCCAUGCUCAUCCAGAACGCUGCUGACUGCUGCUCCCAUGAUCCCCCGUCCUCUAGAAUCUCCAUCAGCUCCCAGUUCCAUAACUUCCUUUUCUUUAAGGCCCUCCAGAACCAGACCCAUUCUCACCUUACUGACCUGCCCACCCUCCUGUCCAUAGCAAGCCUGUUCUCUGGACCAAGCACCAAACCUGGGCCCUUCCCUGCCAGGGAUCCUUUCUCCAAAGCCACCUGAGACUGCCCUGACCUGCCUUCAUAUCACUGAUCAAAGCUAAAAUAGUAAGAGGCUACUGAAAUAGCAGUCUCUGUGGGUCAUCAUCCAAAGUCCCCAAAAAACAAUCCAUCCAGAACGCUGCUGAGCGCCUGCUCCUGUGAUCCCCCUGUCCUCCAGAAUCUCCAUUUGCUCCCAGUUCCACAACUACCUUUCCUUGAGGUCCUCAAAACCAGACCCGUUCUCACCUCAUUGACCUGCCCACACUCAUGUCCACUGCCAACCAGCUCUCUGCAAUACUCUGGACCAAGCACCAAACCUGGGCCCUUACCUGCCCAGAACUCUGUCUCCCAAGCCACCUGAGACUGUCCUGACCUGCCUUCAUUUCACUGGUCAAAGUGGGUCAUCAUCCAAAGGCCCCAAAAGAUCCCAGACCAUCUAGAACGCUGCUGAUCACCUGCUCCCAUGAUCCCCACGUCCUCCAGAAUCUUCACCAGCUCCCAGUUCUACAACUUCCUUUUCUUUAAGGCCCUCCAGAACCAGACCCAUUCUCACCUUACUGACCUGCCCACCCUCCUGUCCACAGCAAGCCUGUUCUCUGCAAUGCUCAGGACCAAGCACCAAACCUGGGCCCUUCCCUGCCCAGAACUCUGUCUACCAAGCCACCUGAGACUGUCCUGACCUGCCUUAACAUCCCUGAUCAAAGCUUAUGUUUUCAGAACUGCUUAUAUCUGCUUAUGUUGUUGUUUUCCUUCUGAUUUUUGUCUUUAAAUAUUUGAAAAGCGUCACAUAAAAAAUGUGUUAUUAUUUGUUGUGGUCAAAACAACAAAAAUCACAAAGUCAUUCCUGACUGCAUAUAUUAGUUCAGGACAUGAUUGUAUUUCAGUUUUUGUUAUUAAUCCAAAGAUGCUUUUAUAAUUAAACUUGUUAUAUUUUAUGGUUUUGGACGUGUGGAUGAAAUUGUGAAACUAAGUGAAACAUUAUUCUCUCACCAACUUUUACUAUGAUGACGUAUCUCGUUAUCUUAUCGUCUCAGAUGAGCAGUGUCUUUGUAUUUCAUGUUAUAUAACGUUAAAUCUGUCAUCUGAUGGUGUUUGCAUUCCUGUUGUGGUUGUUUGUUUUCCAUCAAUGUUGUUGAGUUUUGCUCUUUUGCUAAGUGUCUGAGACCUCUCUGCCAAACAUACACUGUGCAGCAUUUUAUUGUAUUUCCACCAUCUGAUGAAAGAAGUGGAAGUUUUUGCAGUUGUUUAAUUUGUUUUAUUCAUAUACUGAAUUUGUUGAUUUUUCUUUUUGAGUCAUGAUGUAUUUUAUUACCUAGAAUACGGCUUCUCUCCUGGUGAUGUAGUCUGAGUCAGGGAGUUUACAGCCUACCUUUAAUUACAGAGAUACUGGACUCAUGACGUGUUUGUGUGUCUGCAUGUUAAAGCUAAGUUUGAUAUUCUCAUUUAUUCAUUUAAUCAUUCAUUUAUAUUUACUCGUAUAACCAGCUUUAAUGUGUAACUGUUUAUCAUAUAUCAUGUGACGGCAUCAGCUUCAGAGUGUGUAGAUGUUGAGUAAAGCUGUUUUGUUUUUUUUACCAGAAUGAUCCUCUUGAAUCUGGACUUGACUCUGUGCUGAACUUUAGACCUUUGGUACUCUGGUGGAUGUUUCUGUGAUAAAAAGAUCUACAUUUUCUCCAGCUAUAGUGUAACUUGGCGUCAAAGGCAGCCAAUGAGAGCCCUCGAGAGUCUCUAGCAGAUUCCAACCACAGACCUGUUGGUUUGUUUCGUUGAUUUGAAGUCCCUUUCCUUUUUGAUCUGAUGUUAAUUUGUUGUUAAUAUUCAAAGCUAAAUAAAAAUGUUAAACUUUA